UUCGGAGUCACACACGCAGAAGGGAUUUUCGUGGUCGGAUUAUCGCCACACAUCCUCGCUCCCCGCGUCCAAAAGAUCCGAGAAACAGAAGCCGCGGCGGGACGAGACCCAAGUUCCGUCAAGGUCUUCGCGUCAAUAACGCCAGUGAUAGGACGAACGCGUGAAGAAGCGCAGGCCAAGUACGACGAGGCGUUACAAUACGCCAGCGAAGAAGGCGGACUGGUCUACUGGUGCGGCAACACAAACAUCGAUCUCAGCACAUUCGAUCCGGACACGGAAAUCACAGAGCAAGACGCCGGAACAUCAGAUACCCGCGUUCAGUCUCUUGUGUCGAACCUCUCAUACAAAGGAGACGAUAUCCCGAAGUGGACGCCCCGAAAUAUCGGUAAGGCGGUUGCGCUGGGCGCAUCGGGGCCUGUUCCGGUGGGGACGGCGCAGGAGGUGGCGGAUGAAAUGGAGCGGUGGAUUGACAUCGCUGAUCUGGAUGGGUUUAAUGUGGGACAUAUCACUACGCCGGGGACCUGGGAGGAUGUGGUCGAAUUCCUGGUUCCGGAGUUGAGGAGGAGAGGGAGGUAUGCACCGAAAGGGGAAUCGGGAACGAUGAGAGAGAGGGUGUAUGGCAGUGGUCAAUCCCGAUUGAAGGAUGAUCAUCACGGAUCGAAGUUCAAGUUCGCAGUAUAUAGGAAGUGA